GCUAGUGAGGCUAAGACGGUUAGAAGACGGUUAUUCUGAAAAGUGAAUUAUUUCGUCAAACAUUUAAGUUUUUAAUGUGUUUGUACUGUAACUGUGCAUCAGUUCAGUUUGUGGGAUGAGAACAGACUGCAGCAUGAAACACUUUGUCGCAUCAGCUUGUCUAAGUCAGGAAAUCCUAUUGAACUUCCUGUCAACACACACACACACACACACAGAAAUACAGAAGUCAAAGAAGGCCCCAUUUACAGGAACAAACAGUUGAGAUGAGGACUUCGGUCGUACAAAUGUAAAGGAGUAUCCAUGGAGCUCAGUGAGGAGGAGUUGGCCCCUCUGGUGAACAGGGACCGGGGAGGCAGCCAGAAGUCCAGUUCAAGCACUGGUCCCAGUUUACAAGUACACCUCUACUUCUUCCCUGCUACAAAGGAGGCAACAACAAUACACAUUUUGUCAGGCCAAAUCUCAGCUGAAAAUGUUUGCAUCCAAGCAGGAAAAAAGUGUGGAAUCUUACCAGUGUACUUAAGUCUUUUUGGGUUGGCAUCUUCUGAUCUCUCAUUUUGGUAUCCUCCAUCGCACGUGUUCAGCACAGAUGAAAACUUGCAAGUCCACUUCAGAGUCAGGUUUUUCUUUGGAAACUGGUUUGGACAAGGAACAAGAUCAUCGUACCGCUACAGUCUGACCAGAGACACAGUCACUCCAGUGCUUGACUGCAGUGUCAUUGAUUAUCUCUUUCCUCAGUUGCGAAGUGACUUUAUCGCUAGUGAGGCAGGAAUUUCUCCACCUUUGAGCGCUCAGGAGGAAUGUCUCGGCCUUGCAGUGCUGGACUUGUGGAGAAUGGCUGAAGAGCGCCAUCAGAGUGUUGGAGAGCUCUGCAAGACUGUCAGUUACAAAUCGUGCCUACCUAAGUCACAUCGCCAUGAUAUCCAGAAGAGAAACCGCCUGGAUCGUUAUCGAAUCCGAAACACCCUCAAGAGUUUCUUAAAGAAGCUUGGAAACUGCUCUGUGGAUGAGUGCAGCUUGAAACUCAAGUACCUGAUUGAACUGGCUGGUAUUGAGCCUUCUCUGGGAAGCGAAACCUUCAAAGUGGAUCCUUCUGCCUCCCGUUCAAAUUCAGCUUUCAGUCUCAUGAGAGUGACUGGGGAAACCGGAAUUCAGACCAGUGCAAGUUGUCAUCCUGACAGUUCCCUGGAAUGGCACACUUUUUGUGAUUUCCAAGAAAUCAUUGACAUCAGUAUAAAGAGGGUGUGUCAGGACCAGGUUUCCCAAGACAGCAGGAUGGUGACAAUUACCUGCAAAGAUGACAGAUGCUUGGAGGCCAAGUUCCAGGGUCUAAAAGAAGCACUUUCAUUUGUGUCGCUUGUUGAUGGCUACUUCAGACUGACCACAGACUCUAGCCACUACUUCUGCCAAGACAUUGCUCCCCCAAGUCUUCUGGAGGCUAUAAAAAACCACUGUCAUGGCCCAAUCACAUCGGAGAUUGCAGUCAACAAACUGAAAAAAUCAGGAUUUAAAGGUGGUACGUUCCUUGUCCGGCAGAGUCCGAAGAACUAUGACAGCUUCUUCCUCACUGUGUGUGUUCAGACCCAACUUGGCAUUGACUAUAAAGACUGUCUCAUUAUUAAGAAUGAGCACUACAGUCUUCCUGGUGUCCAGAAAUCCUUUUCCAGCUUGAAAGAGCUCACCAGCUAUUACCAACACACAAAGCUGCUGCUAGCGGAAGUACCUGUCAAGCUGGGCCGCUGCUGUCCACCCCGACCCAAAGAGCUCACAAAUCUCACCAUCUUACGCAGCAGCAACUCCAUAGAAACUCCAGGGUCCCCAACACUUGAAAGGAACAAAUUCAGUCAUAUCCAGUUCCACAUGAUCAGAUAUGAAGACCUGAAAUGGGAGGAAAGCCUUGGACAGGGAUCCUUCACACGAAUCUUUAAAGGCCAAAAAACAGACAUUCGUGAGGGGGAGAAACACUUGACAGAAGUCCUACUGAAAGAGCUGGAUGUCGCUCACAAGAAUUUCUGGGAGUCAUUCUUUGAAGCUGCCAGCCUGAUGAGUCAGAUUUCACACAAACACCUCCUCCUUGUUUAUGGUAUAAGUGUUCAUGGGGUAAAAAACAUCAUGGUGCAGGAGUUUGUCAAGUACGGGGCCCUCGACCUUUACUUGAAGAGAGGGAGAUCUGUGUCAGUGAGCUGGAAACUUGAUGUAGCCAGACAGCUCGCGUCCGCCCUCAACUUUCUGGAAGAGAAACACAUCAUUCAUGGAAAUAUCUGUACCAAAAACCUGCUGCUGGCCAGAGAAGGUGACACGUCACAGGGCAGCUCUCCUUUCAUCAAGCUUAGCGAUCCGGGUAUCAGCGUGGCCAUGCUGGGCAAGGAUGUUAUCCUGGACAGAAUCCCCUGGGUGGCCCCUGAGGUGCUGGAGGCUCCAGACAACCUGACCCUGGAGUGUGAUAAGUGGAGCUUUGGCGCCACUGUGUGGGAAAUCUUCAACAAUGGGGAAGCACCGCUGCGAGGCUGGGACCUGGAACAGAAGCAGCAGUUUUAUGUGAGGUUCCAACAGCUGCCUCCUUCCCAGUGGACAGAGCUUGCCAAUCUGAUCAGUCAGUGUAUGGACUACCAGGCAGCUUUCAGACCUUCUUGUCGCAGUAUUAUUCGUCAGCUCAACAGUCUGAUUACUUCAGACUAUGUUAUACUGCGUGCCACUGAGCCCGUUACGCAGAACCCUGUUUGGAGAGCUCUCAACCCUCAUCAUGACCAGACAUUGUUUGAGGAGAGACACCUACGCUACAUCUCCCCUCUGGGAAAAGGAAACUUUGGCAGUGUUGAACUUUGUCGUUACGACCCGCUGGGCGAUAACACCGGUGAGCUGGUCGCUGUGAAGAAGCUGCAGCCAAAUAAGCAGUCGACCCAGGACGAUUUCCAGAAGGAGGUCAACACCCUCAGUGUUUUGCACUGCGACUACAUUGUGAAAUACAGAGGAGUCUGCUACAGCAUGGGUCGCCUCAGUAUGAGCUUGGUGAUGGAGUACCUGCCCUAUGGCAGCCUUAUUGGCUACUUGGAGAAUAACCGACACAAUGUCAGCACCAGGCGGAUGCUGCUCUUUGCUUCACAGAUCUGUAAGGGGAUGGAGUACCUGCAGACCCUGCGCUAUGUGCACCGAGACCUUGCAGCCAGAAAUAUCCUUGUGGCCAGUGACUCUCUGGUGAAAAUCGCUGAUUUUGGGCUGACCAAGAUUAUUCCUUUUAACAAGGAGUACUACCGAGUCACACAGCCUGGCGAGAGCCCCAUCUUCUGGUACGCCCCAGAGUCCAUCAAUGAAUCCAUAUUCUCCCACAAAUCAGAUGUCUGGAGUUUUGGAGUGGUUCUUCACGAGCUCUUCUCCUACUGUGACAUGAACUGCAACCCAAAAAGACUGUGCAUGCAGGAGAUUGGACACAACGUACAGAGUCCAUCCAUUUCAGUGCAUUUAGCAAAUAUUCUAAAGAAUAACUGGAGACUGCCUGCUCCUUCACACUGCCCACCCAAGGUGUACAGCUUGAUGAAGCAAUGCUGGGCGUACAACUUCGACGAGCGGCCGUGUUUCUCCAGCCUGGGAAACCAAAUUGAAACUAUCAUGCAGGACGAGAGAGAGAACCCUAAAGGCUGACACAGGGAGCCUUGUUGCACCUCACAGGUGGACUCAGUGUGAAAUGACACAAUUUCAUUCACUGUCCCAGUUUCAUUCAAAAAAUAUUCACACAAUAACUGGAUAAACUCAACACUGCUUUAAUGCUAAAGCCUCAGAUUUCCACAUCUGGUACAAAAGAUUGUUGUGGAAUAUCAUUUCAACGAUGGAUCAUAUUUAACUGGAAAUUUCUCACGUCUGAAUUAUAACUUGUGAAAAUAAUGCUUAUUUCAAGAAAAUGCAAGGUACAUUUCACUGGAAACUGUGAAGCAUGUAUAUAUAGCUUGUAUUACUUUUUUAUAUAGCUGUGCCCGAAAGGUUCAAAGAGUCAAAGAAACUGGAAAAGGAUUUUAAGCUUUGUUUUGUAAUGUAUAAACAAAAAAUAUAUAUUUUGCAUCGAAUGUACAAGUAUGGUAGUUCUUUGUUGCAGUGAAAAAUCAAUUUGUUUUGUAUUCAUAAUUCAUAAUAAAGCAAUGUUUAAAAAAAAAUCUGUAAGGUGAGUAAUGCAUAGUCAGCAUUAAAUCUAUUAAAAAUAUUGGCAUG